AUGGGUAGUGAGGAUGAGAAGGGGAAUGACGAAGACGAGAUUUCGAUUAAGCAGUGGAAGCAGAAGCCUUUUACUUGUUCCAUUUUCUUUCUCACCAGACACACCGAACUGAAUCAGACAUAUUCACUCUCACUCUCUCCCUCUCUAACCGGCGGCGACCAACAGCCACUACCGGUAACUGGAGAAGAGUGGGAAGUGUCACACCACUCUACCAUAACCGGCCAUGGAGAAAUUCUUGAGUCUCAACUCAGUGGUGGUGGAAGAGGAGCCACGCUCAGUAUGAUCACUUCCAGUACUCUUGUAUCAAUGCCAUUAACUUUGAUCUCCCUCACGUCAUACAAGACGCACCCUCCUAUCCUCAUAAGUGUGGAGCAUUACAUGGGAGGAUACCUCAUCUAUAUGCAUGGAUAUGUCAUGAUUGGAGCGAUGAUGCACACUGCUUGAAAAUUUUGAGAAGACGAGGGGAAGGCGAUCAUCGUAGAAUUAAUCAAUUCUUCCGGUACCCCCAGACACUAAUCUCGCCGCUAACGGUGUCUUCCAACUUGACAAUAUUAUGUUGGCACAUAAUCCUGGAGGAAAAGAAGAGAAAACCGAGAAAAAGUUUGAGGGCUUGGCCAAAGCUGCUAGAUUCGCUAGCAGCUUUCAAGUUAUGCGCUCUGCUUUUAACAGUUCCAUGAUGUUGCGUAAAAAUUAAUCAUAGAAACCUUUAAUUUUGAUAUCAAUCUA